UUGUGCUACUUGCCGAUGCUGGUGGGACUCCAAGACGACCAGUACGUUCGGCUGGUACGAGUGGGCGCUACAACGAAAGAACGUCGAGCCCCGCGGUCCCAUGGAGUGGAGCGUGAACCCGACUUCAAAGGGACAGGCAAUGGCCCAGGAGAUCCGCCGAUUCGAAAGGCUGAGGCGAAUACUGAAGCAGAGCAGAAGAGGCCUUCGGCCUUGGGUACGCUGGGCCACAGACUGGCAGUCGCACCAGCAGUCUGACGCACUGGAGAUGGAUCAGGGGAAGCUGCUGCGCUUGCAGGUGGGCGACUGUCCCGAGCUCGAUGCCCUGCUCACGAAGGCAGCGACCACAAACAGCGGCCCCACGGUGCAGCCUCCUGCCCCAGUGCUCGAGGAAGAUGCGGCGUGUCGACCGCGACGGCAUGCCUUCAGCGGCAGGCCCGGCUCGGGACAUUGUCGCCGGGGUCGACGUAGCGGGCGAGCGGCUGCUCGAGUGCGGGGCAGACGCCCUGCAGGCGAGGAAGGACAAGUUCUGGUCACCAAGGCCGCGCGGGAAGCCGCCCGCGCCGCUCGCGCCCUUUCUCUGGGGGCACCGCCGGCGGAGGCUCGGCGCCGCUCCCAGAAGGUUCUCACGCUGCACGGCGAGCUGUUCACGGUGGAAGGGGUCGGGGUACCCGAUGGGCAGCUCGAGGAGUGGAAUCGUAUCGACGCAGACUCGGCCAAAGCGAUCCAGCGAGAAGUGGCCAGAGUGCUGGGCCCCUCGGCCGAGUGCCCACGGUCCCUCCGCGCACGGGCGAAGACCGUGCGGGAACGCCUCAGGGCCAGGGCAAGAGGGGGCGGACCAGCAGCAGCACCAGCAGCCGCAUCCGCGUCCGCAGUGUGCUGUCGCAGCCGCAGCUCCGCCUGCGGGUCCCGACGGCGAGCCGACCACGGAAGUCCCAGAGGCUGAGCGGCAUGGAGUUCCGCCGAGGGCCCCGUUGGGUGCGUUCACGUGGCGCCGCCGCGCCCACUUCGGC